AAGGGCGACGUGGGCCGCGAAGGUCCCCGCUGCCGGCCAUCGAGGAAGCGCGGCGAGCGACUAGGCGCGGUGUGUGUGCGGCGGCUCCACCAUGUCGAAGGUGUCCUUUAAAAUCACGCUGACGUCGGACCCGCGACUACCGUACAAAGUUCUCAGUGUUCCGGAAAGUACGCCGUUCACGGCCGUGUUGAAGUUUGCAGCGGAAGAAUUUAAAGUUCCUGCAGCAACAAGUGCAAUUAUUACUAACGAUGGAAUAGGAAUAAAUCCUGCACAGACUGCUGGAAAUGUUUUUCUGAAACAUGGCUCAGAGCUGCGGAUCAUUCCUAGAGACCGAGUUGGAAGUUGCUGAUGUCCGCCUCUUGGAAUCCACAGCCUUUCAGAAUAAAUACUGGUGUUUGUUGUUGCUGUGUGGUUAAAAUCAGGCAUUUACGAUACAAUGAAAGCACCAAGAAUCAAUGAAACAAGGAAAGUUGACUCUUGCCCUUUCUUGUUCAUUCUGUUCAUGGGAAGAGAGAAUGAAUGCCUUUGAGUGGAGGGUACCGCCCACAGGUCCCACAGUGGGUAACUGCGGCCUCGCCAGAAGAAGAGGGCACUUCUGUGCCAGAUGGACUGUGCUUUUCAAAAACUAACAAAGCCAACAACAAAACCAGAGGAUGGGUUUGAUCAUUCUUUUCAGGAACAUUUGGAAAAUCAAAAUUCACAGUAUUGAAUGUAUUUCCAAUUUUAAAAUAUAAAGGAUAAUUGACCAUAGAGGCAUUCAGCUCAACAGCAUCUCACCUGCAGGCCCAUAUUUAGAUUUUCAAUUAUAUUGUUUGUGAUGAAGUUAAUAGGUAUUUCCAUGAACAGUUAAAUUUUAUACAAAAGCAAAAUUAAAUUAUGGGAUCUAACAUUUAUGUGUGUAAAGUUGCUAUCUUACAGCAAAUAGCUUCGACAUAUUGAUCUUAUGAAAUCAGUUGUGUUCUGGUAGGAACUGACAGUACCGCAGAAGUACCCUUAGCUAAACUAUGCAUUCCUCGAUAAUGUCGUAUACAGUGUCCAGACAGAAGUCCUUAAACCCUUCUUUUUAGUUCUGUUUAGCAUCCAGAAAAUGUUGUUGCAGAGAAGACCUGACGCUUAGAACAAAGCUUAGAGAAGCAGUACCCUGUGCUGAUGGGGUGUCCCUAAGUGUUGCGGGAGAAGUCAGAAGCUAUAGUAGGGUGGGAGAAGUGAGAAAGGGGAAGAGUACUGGGUACAGGACCAGAUGGCAACUACACACACAUUUCAGAGCAGCCAUAGCAAUCUACAGGAAAAUGCAGGGCAGCACCCGGCCGAGGUACUCAGUCGCACAAAGCUCUGCAAGCCUGACAGUGAAUGAGUUCAAUUCCCAAAACACAGCCGUCCUCUGCCCACACACAGAUACCCUGAGGUGAGCCAGUCCCCUCUCCCAACAGUAAGGCAGUUUUAAAAGAUCUUUGCCUCUCCAGAGGAAAUCCAUGUCUUAGCAUAUAUUGCAGGAUGAAUUAGGUGCUGCCAGUGACUAAGUGAAAGCUGGGCAGCUCUGCCCCAGCGGGUGAGCUCUUUGGAGGUGAGGGGCUGUCUGUCACAUGCUCCCUAGAGCUAGCAAUACAAGUGCUCAAUAAAUAUUUGCUGAAUUAA